AUGCCAGACGAACCCCCCCGCACCGCAGCGCCCUCGCGCCCCACCGGCAGCCACACGAUCGAAGCCACGCGCACCCCCGCCUCGUCCGGCCUCCUGCGCCUGCGCGCCGCGCCCGACGAGCGCAGACACAUCCAGUGGGCCGCCGACGUCGUGGACAACGAGGGCAUGGGGAAGAAGAGCAGCAAAGUGUGCUGCAUCUACCACGCCCCCCGCGAAGCCGGCGAGUCGAGCGAUGAGUCGUCUGACAGCUCCGAGUCGUCUGACGAUGGUGAUUCAGAUGGUGAGGUCGAUAACAGCACCGCCCGUCCUAGUCGGAAGAAGCUACCGCCUGCCCACGACCACGGAGAGGGAUGUGGGCAUGAGCAUCAUCAUGAUCAUGAUCGUCCGGUGGGGGAGGGGAGCCAUAAGAAGGGGAGGAAGCCGAAGCGUGCGCCGAGUCCGAAUGCGUAUGAGAAGAUUCCCAAGACGAAGAAGUGA